AAAAAAUGAAAUAAAAAGAAAGAACUUGUUUUGAAGCGGCACGUAUCACACAGAAGACAUACCUACGAGACUCAAUCGAGCUUCUUUCUCUUCCUGCAAAUUCAAAAUCCAAUCCCAAUCUUUUUCUUUGGCUUCGUUUUCUUCAUUUCAAAUUGACCUCGCUCUCGGUUUCGCUUAGAUCCCAAAUCCUACCUCGCAAUUUUUCUGCUUUUUCCCAUUCCGAGGAAAGAAGCCAACUCACGACCGAUCCAAUGCCGCUUUGAAUCGCGUGCCGUCCUCCUUCGUUGGGAACAUCUUAUUGCUUUUGAAUUCAAAUCUUGGGGCAGCUGGGUCGAUGAGUAACAUGCCACACUGUUUCUGAAACACAAAGUUAUUGCCUUUGGAGCUGCACGGCGUUUGAAGAGAAAGAGAGAGAAGGGGUAGUAAAUGGGAAUGGGUUCAAAAAUGGAAGGACCGUCUACCCCAGCCAAUCGACGUGACCCAUACGAGGUAUUGUCCGUGUCAAGGGAUUCCACCGAUCAAGAAAUUAAAACGGCGUACAGAAAGCUUGCUCUUAAGUAUCACCCUGACAAAAAUGCAAGCAAUCCUGAAGCUUCGGAGCUAUUUAAAGAGGUUGCAUAUUCUUAUAGUAUCUUGUCUGACCCAGAAAAGAGAAGGCAGUAUGACAGUGCUGGAUUUGAGGCACUUGAUGCUGAUAGCAUGGACAUGGAGAUUGAUUUGUCUAAUCUUGGGACAGUGAACACAAUGUUUGCAGCUUUAUUCAGUAAACUGGGUGUCCCUAUCAAGACUACCAUUUCAGCUAAUGUUCUGGAAGAAGCUCUUAACGGAACUGUUACAGUCAGACCCCUUCCAAUUGGAACAUCAGUUAGCGGAAAGGUAGAGAAGCAAUGUGCUCAUUUUUUUGGUGUGACAAUAAACGAACAACAAGCUGAGUCAGGCAUUGUAAUAAGAGUUACUUCAACAGCACAAAGCAAAUUCAAAUUGCUCUACUUUGAACAAGAUGUGAAUGGAGGCUAUGGUCUGGCAUUGCAGGAAGAUAGUGAGAAGACUGGCAAGGUGACAUCUGCAGGAAUGUAUUUCUUACAUUUUCAAGUGUAUAGAAUGGAUUCAACAGUGAAUGCGUUAGCGAUGGCUAAGGAUCCUGAAGGGGCCUUCUUUAAAAGGUUGGAAGGUCUUCAGCCUUGUGAAGUCUCAGAACUAAAGGCUGGCACUCACAUAUUUGCGGUUUAUGGUGAUAACUUCUUUAAGACUGCUAGCUAUACUAUUGAGGCAGUAUGUGCAAAAUCGUAUGAAGAUACCACCCAAAAACUGAAGGAUGUUGAAGCUCAGAUUUUAAGAAAGAGGAAUGAGCUACGCCAAUUUGAAGCAGAAUAUAGAAAGGCAUUGGCGCGCUAUCAGGAAGUGACAGACAGAUACACAAAAGAAAAACAAUCUGCAACUAGCAGACCCUAUCACUUUGUCGUUGAUACCAAGAUUGUCAAAUUUGAGAGGUUGAGGAGGGGAGCUUUCGUAGAUCCAAAGUCAACUUGUAAGACAUGUAUGCAUAACAUCGUACAAUAGUUCAAUAUUUCCACUGCAUAUUAAAGAAAAGAAGCAAAUCACAAUAGUAAAGAAUGAUAAUAAAUUAGUGCUAAAUAAGAUUAAACUACAUAUAUAAAUUCAUGAAAGCAUAAAUUCUUAAUGUGUAAGAAAUUGAAAAAGGGGUUAAUUUCUUUAAACAAUUUGAUUACUAAUAGAACAGUCAUUGUGGAGGUAAUCACAAAAAUUACAUUUGAUUUCAAACUAGUCAAUCUGUUUCUGGACUCGAGAAUUUGACAACCUUCUCCUAUCUGGUGUUAAAGGGCCCUUACUCUUAACUCCUAAAUGCAUACGAUGUUCUUUGGGUGCUUGCGCAUGAAUUCCGGAUUUGUCUAUAACAUGACUUGAGUUGUGUAUUUUGGAAUUGUAAACAUUGUUGCUAUAAAAUAUUAUUUCCGGUUGCUUUCUUUUUGCGACUUCCAAACUCAGUUUUAUCAUGUGCAGACUUCAAGUCAUGUUUGGUUUGGUUCGUUUUAAUUUUUAGAACAUGUAUUAUAUAUUAUUACAUUUUACUUGUUCUGAAGAUAUUGGUGAAAUUGCGGAAAACAUGUUAUAGUUUAUUUAUUUCACCAUUUCCUUCGCAAGUUUUUAAAAAUAGAAAAUAAAGAGAUACUUUUGCAGUUGUUGGUGAAAAAUACGUGAAGCGAAUAAAUUAAAAGUUUUUUUAUGUCUUUGUGACCCUAUUAAG